GAACUACAGCUCCCAAAACCCAAGCUUCGUGGUUACCUGGCUGGACUCUGCUCACCAAGAAUUGAUCAUAGCGGGUUUCAGGUACGAGGAGCUUGAGCAAUCGGGCCCCUGGUAGAAGUGCUCUGAACUGAUCACACGUCUCGUCACAGCAUGACAAGCCACACCCGAGUCUCAGCUGAAGAACGGAGUGUGAGGUCAGUGACUGGCGGAAGGGGGCAGAGUUCACAGAAAUGACAGAAAGGGUUAACAACUUCCCCCCGCUGCCCAAGUUUAUCCCACUGAAGCCCUGUUUCUAUCAGGACUUUGAGGAGGACAUCCCUGCAGCCCACCAGCAGCUGGUCAGGAGAGUGUAUUACCUCUGGAUAUUGUAUUCAAUCACGCUGGGCAUGAAUCUUGUCUCUUGCCUUGCCUGGUGGAUCGGGGGUGGGAGUGGAGCUAAUUUCGGGUUGGCGUUCGUGUGGCUGAUCCUCUUCAGCCCCUGCAGUUACGUCUGCUGGUUCCGGCCGCUCUACAAGGCUUUGAGGGCUGACAGCUCCUUUAACUUCAUGGCCUUCUUCUUUAUCUUCGGGGCGCAAUUCGUGUUGGCAGGGAUCCAGGCGCUGGGGAUCUCUGGCUGGGGAGCCUGUGGGUGGAUUGCUGCAGUCAUGUUUUUUGGCACCAAUAUCGGCUCAGCCGUAGUGAUGCUCGUGUCGGCCAUCAUGUUCACCGUGGUUACCGUCAUGAUGGGCGUGGCACUGUUUAGGGUGCACAGGAUGUAUCGUGGAGGGGGCGGUAGCUUCCACAAGGCUCAGGAGGAGUGGAGCAGCGGCGCGUGGAAGAACGAGCGAGUCCGCCAGGCUGGGUUCCAGGCCGUGACCGGGGAGGGGAACACCCUGCCACAGUAUCCCACUCCCAUCCCGGGCUACCCCACUGACUGGUCCCAAACACCCACACCCCCUCCCUAUACCCCGUGAACCACCAGACACAAAUGCUUUCUUGCAGCUUACGAAGCGGCUUCCCGAAACGGGUCGUUUUUAAGCACUUUCCACUUAGCGGCCCAAAUUGAGAUUCUUUUAAAAUCUGGUGAAAAUAUUUUGCUUACAAAUGUCACGUGGAACAAGUUUAAUCAAUCAAUCACUCAAUUCCACUAUUUAACCAGGUUAAAAAAAGAAAUAGUUCUCCAUUUUUCUGUUCUGAUUCACAGUUAGUGACCUGGCCAAGAAAUCCCCAAACCUCAGCCAAGACGACAUAUAAUUAACAUCUGUUGUAAAAAGUGAAAAACACUAACAGAAUAGUAAUACGAAAACCGCUUGCUGAGCUGCAAGAAGAAAGUUGCCCCGGAGUUUUAUGAGCUUUACCUUCCCAGAACCGGACCAAGGGGGCUGUAUCUGCAAAAAAACAAACAAAACACAAAUCUACAGCCCCAGCAGUGGGGUAAGAGACACAGGGGCAGGUUGACAGCCCCUGAUUGGUACUAGACUUGUUCGAUUAGACAAGGCAGCCCGAGAGGAGUGCUAAUGUGGGUCUGUGAAAGCAGCUGUCAGACUGCUGUCUGUUUAAAACAUUACAGGCUUUGCAAUGAGUAUUGUCACACCUGAGCUGCAGUAACUCAGACCCUGUCCACUGUCUGCAGAAGGCAUGAUCGUUACCAUUCGCAGUUCUGAAUUUUGGUGGCAUGAACAUUGCAUGCGCUUCCAGUGAAGUCUGGAAUGGCUCCAGUGCUAUGCAACAGUAAUCUAUUACCUGGAUACUCUCGGAUUGUUAUAUAUAUUAAAAAAAACACAAAAAAACCCAGAAAGUGGCAUUAUUUUUAAUUCUGUUUGAUAACUUUCUUUCCAAAUGGUUUACGUUUCAUACCAUAGCACUGGAGAUGCAUGCUCUGGCAUUUGCUUGUGCAUGUCUCUAGUUUUUUCACCUCAGUGCUGCAGUAUGUUGAAUAGCAUCUCAUUUUCUAAUGUAAACUGCAGCUGCCACCACCUAUUUUUUUUUGGCCCGCACAAAAAAAAGUGCAAGACGUUAGUGCCUUUGACUUAUUUUCUUUUAAAUCAUUGCUUGCUCUCUUUUGCAAGAAUACAACGGGACCAGUUAGGCUUUAUUGUGCUGAUCUGUUUUAAAGGGGACCUAAUGUAGUUAUAUCUGCCAUGUUUAUAUCUCAUCCCCAGAGCCAACCUGCUGCCCCCAAAAGAGAUACCUGUGUGCUUUAUAAAACUGAACUGUCUGACUCUGGGUGUGGGAUAGUGUAGGUAAAAUAAUAAAACCUUGCUGUGCAUA